AAAAAAGACAAUCAUUACAUUAUGGAAGGUAAAAGGUUAAACCCCAUUGAUACUUCUUCCGUUCAUGCUUGCUCAAUCAAUCAUAUUCGUGAUAUGAACUUGAAAAGUUUAAUAGCACGGAAAAAACUUCAUCUUGUUCUUGAUCUAGAUAACACCCUCCUUCAAACAAGAGCGAUGCGAAAUCUAACCCUAUAUGAUCGUGAAUAUUUGGAACGUCCUGGUACUCAAAGAUGGCUCGAGGAAGGAAAAUUGAUUAGAUGGGGCAAGGGAAAAGAUCAAUGGCUGACCAAAUUAAGGCCCAACGUUCACAACUUCCUAGAAGAAGCAAGCAAACUGUUUGAUUUUUCAAUAUUUACACUAGGAGGUCGUAUGUAUGCAAAGAAAAUACUAGAUAUUCUUGAUCCCAAGGGAUUAUAUUUUGCACAUUCAGACGUAAUUACUAAAGAAGAUUGCAUCACACCGAUGAAAAAAGGGCUUAAUCUUGUAUCGUCACAUGACAGAGUUGUUUUGAUAGUUGACGAUAUAGAAGAAUUCUGGGACAAUGAUUCUAAAAACUUGAUCAAAAUUGCUCCGUACGAGUUCUUUGAUGACAAUAAAAGGACUUGGUCGAGACGAUUUGCAGAUGAAAGUGAGAAAUAUGGAGAAUUAGCAAGGGUUUUGAGAGAACUUAAGAAAAUUCAUCGGGAAUUUUAUAGUACAGAGAAAGGAGAUAUGGAAGGACUCCAUUAUGAAAGUCGAGAUGUAAGAAAAGCAAGAGAUGAGGUGCAAAGGAAGUUUCAAAUGAUCGGAACUGUCACCGGUAGAGAAAUGGAGCUAAUAUUAAUUAGUUUGGGUUACAAAUAAAGACAUUAAUUAGGUUUUUUUUUUUGUUUUUAUAAGGUUUUGCAUGGUACUUUUGGAUGUCAUGAGAAUUUUUCAUAUAUAAUAAUUGGUAAAAGUAUUUUUGUUUUGUUAAUUGUGUUUUGCUUGAAAAUAAUGCUUAUUCGAAAGAAAUUGCAAGAUGGAUUAAGAAGCAUAUUUGUGUAGGUAUUGGUAACGUCCUAGUUUUAUUAUAAUUAAAAGUACCUUGGAUUUUAACAAAGAUAAUGUAG